CGCACAGCCCCGGCGCGCCCCUGACGGCGGUUGAAAGAUGGCGACUGUCACCGAGCUGAAGGCCGUUUUAAAGGACACCUUGGAAAAAAGAGGCGUGUUAGGGCAUUUAAGAGCGAGGAUUCGAGCUGAGGUUUUCAACGCCCUCGAUGAUGAAAGCGAACCUCCGCCACCGCUGUCUCAUGAGAACCUUCUGAUUAAUGAAUUAAUUCGGGAGUAUUUGGAAUUCAAUAAAUAUAAGUAUACAGCAUCUGUGCUCAUGGCAGAAUCUGGUCAACCUGUAGUUCCUUUGGACAGACAAUUUCUUAUCCGUGAACUGAAUGCGUUUGAAGAAUCAAAGGAUGAUUCAAUACCUCUUUUAUACAGGAUUUUAGCUCAUUUGUUGCAUGGAACUAAGGAGGACGUCCCAAAUACAUUUCUAAAAGGGUCUUCACUUCAGCCUUCAGACCCAGAGCUUGGCAGACAACCCAGUGGAAGGAAGAAAAUGGACGGCCUCGGAAGAAAGGGGAAGGGGACAAGCGCUGGCAUCGAAGAGCCUCCUGUCUCUCCAGCCGUGAAGCGAUGACGUUUCCAUUGGGGCAUCUUUUAUCUUAAAAUUACCGUUUUGGCUCUUCUCCUGGAAGAUUUAAUUAAAACGUAGAGAGGGAAAUAAUUCUUUUAAUUUUACUGUAAGUAAAACAAAGAGUUUAUUGUAUCGUGAAGAAUGUGGGAUAAGCAUGAAGAGACAGGCUUUAGGCGAGAUACCAGAAAGCACCUUUUCAAAGAUGGCAUUGUCUAAGCCUCACGUGGCCGCCCGUCGGACACUUACAGCACGAGCUGCACAGGGCCCACCCCUGCUUAUUUGGGCUCCGAAAGUCUUAUUAAACAUCCAUUUUUAUUCUUCGGAUAGAACAAUAUUAAGUGCUCUCUCUCAAAUGCUGCUUUGAUAUUUAUUAAGACAUUUUUAUAAUGUGGAGUCUACAGGCUGAUGUCACUGAAGACCACUGACUGUCACGGCAGACGGCGCCCGAUGGCCGGAAGUCACAGGGUAGACUGAGAACAAAGCUUGGGCCCCCCGAGCACCGACAGCAUUCAGCCUAAACGUUUCCACGGGCACGUGGGCAGGGCUGUAGUGGUAAAAGGAGCAUUCUCGUCAGGGUGUUGCCUUUGGAAAUGAUUGAAACUCCUGACUGUAUGUUUGUGCUAGUCAGUGUUCAGUCUUUAAAGAUUAACCAAGGAUUUUUAUCUGAAUGCAGAACAUUAUUAAAUAAGUCCCCUUAAACCAUACUUUACAAGUCAGAGGAUUUUGAGAGGCCCUGUUGAGGGGCGUAAAUGACAUGGUAGCCGUAGAAGCAUUAUAAGGGCUCAUUUCCAUCUUUUAGUGAAGUCUGCAGUAGCUGACUACACUUCUGAAUUUCACUGUAUUGCACGUGGGAACCUGAAGAUCUGAAUUCUCAGAGAUCUCAGCUUGCGUCCAAGGAUGUCGGCAGUGGGCACUGUGUUUACCUCAGGAACUGCAAUCCUGCAGGACUUGAUUAAGAAAAGCUGCUGGAGUUUGUCAUUUUGGACACUGACAUAAAAUCCUCAAAAUAGGAGCUAAACAGAAUUGUCCCCUGUAGUCCAUAGUGCUUUUGCAUGCGUUAUGCUGUACCUUGUUCGUACCCGGGCAACUUUUAUACCUUCAAUGUAUCAUUUAAUAAAAAAGCAUUUAGGCAACUCA